UUCCUUCCCUCCAUCCCAGGGAAAGCAGUCACGGGUCUGACUGGGGCGGAGCACUCAGAAAAAGAAAGCAAGAGAGAAAGAAAGGAGAGAAGAGAAGAGAAGAAAAGGAUCUGGGUUUAAAAGGAAGAACCAGUUUUCUGGAUGGAGGUGCCAGCAGUCAACCUAAAGGUGCAGCAAAAAAGAGAGGAAUGCGUGCCAUCAUUCUGGUGCAUUGGCUGCUGACAAUAUGGGGCAGCAUGGAGCUGUGGUUGCCCAGUUCUUACUCCUGGAGUAACUUCACCGUUUUCGCUUUGGGCGUCUGGGCGGUGGCCCAAAGGGAUUCGGUUGACGCCAUCCUCAUGUUCCUGACCGGUCUGUUCCUGACAAUCCUUACAGACAUCAUUCACUUCGGCCUCUUUUAUCCCCGGGACCAAAGGCUCCUGACAGACCCCAUGCGCUUUUCCAACGGCAUGGCCAUCUUCAGCCUCCUCCUCAAGCCCUUGUCCUGUUUCUUCGCCUACCAGAUGUACCGGGAGCGAGGCGGAGAGUACGUCUUCAGCCUAGGCGCCUUCAAUGUCGGCCAAGACCGCAGCUCCUACCAACCCAUUGAUACGCCAGAUCCGCCGCGUCCGUACCCCGACGUGGCCGCCAAAACGAUGCCGCCUCGCCCUUAUUGAUGCCUCCUCAUGGGCAAAGUGGCCAAAGAAUACCAGGCUGUACCUCUAGGAAGCAAACUCUUUCCGUCUAUCGCCUGUAUCCUUCAUCCGCUCAAGGUGCGGACGGACAUUUAAAAGCAUCUGAGCCAAACCGUCCUUCCUCUCUGCGGUCCUUUUCUUUGGGGAGCAACCCGGGAGCCCUGCGAUUUCCAGAAGUCGUGCCUUGAAUCCGGAACCAUCGCGUGCCUUGGAGAGCGUAGUUGCGUUUAAUCUCUUUGGAAAGUGGCACAUGCCUUUAUUUCCUAGCUAGGAGAGUCUUCCUCUUUUGCAUUUCACACUAGGAAAGUGAUAGCCUUGUAAAGCUGGGGGAGGGAUGUAAUUUUAAUGUCCGUCUCCAAAAAAGUUCCUUUCUUUGGAGGUUCUCCACCGAGGCUGAAGAUGUGUCUACUAGCAAGAACUGUUUUUCUGAGCCAAAGGGACCACUUGUCCUCCAAUUCCUCCGCCGGCACCAAAAUGCCACCGUUGCCUUUGCCAAGGACUGUGCCAAAAGUACUUUUUGGAGGUCAAUGGUUCCCCCUCCAUUUCUCUGUCCUUAAACCCUUGUGUCUUAAAACGCACCAUCUUCUUUCUUCCUCCGGGUUGCUGGAGCUUUUUUCUCUGGCACCUGUGUUUCAACCUAAAUAUUAAAAAUACAAUGUAUUUGUAAUAAAAUAAUUCACACAGAGAA